CAGCGCGGUUUCACCACGGACUACACGCACCUUUGUUUUAGACGUGAAAUGAGACUUCGCGUUAUCAAACUUGGAUGUCUUCUGGCUUUGGGAUGUUUUCUCUCUUUAACGUGGAUCAGUUCAAUGUCUAAUGAUGGCGCACAGGCAGACAUGCAGUCCCUCCUCGGGCAUCUGCAAAUGACAGAGUUGCUUGGAGAGUCCAUUACCAGGGAUCUCAACAGGUUGCUUGAACAGCUGAAGAACCUCUCCAGAGCUCAAAACGCAACAUAUCCCACCACUGUCACAAACAUCUUAGCAGAGGGAAUAAAGAAUGCUUCAGCCAACUCUGAACCACGGACAUUAAACUCACACAGUAUGCAUCUCUUCCUACCACACCUCGGACAGCAUCCAGACAGUCUCAUACCCAAUGUAGUUCUAGGACAGGGACGCCGAGGGGUGUCCCUUGUGCUCGGGGUCUCUACCGUGAAACGUCAGAAGCAGAGCUACCUGGUCAACACCCUUAACUCUCUGGUUUACACCUUGACUCCAUCCCAGUGCCGAGACCUACUCAUCAUCGUCUUUGUUGCUGAGAGUGACAGGGAAUACGUGGACACCAUAGCAGAGACCAUCAGAAAGAAUUUUCCCAGAGAAGUGAUGUCAGGGAUGCUAGAGGUGGUGUCCCCCUCACGGUAUUACUACCCCAACUUCACCAGCCUGAAGGAAACAUUCGGAGACUCCAAGGAAAGAGUCAAAUGGAGAACCAAGCAGAAUCUGGACUACAGCUACCUCAUGGUCUACGCCCAGGACAAAGGUACCUAUUACGUUCAGCUAGAGGAUGACAUUGUGGCAAAGGCAGACUACUACAUCGCCAUGAAGAAUUAUGUCACCCAGCAUGCUUCAAAUCAGUGGCUCUUCCUGGAGUUCUCCCAGCUUGGAUUCAUAGGCAAGAUGUUCCACACCCACGACCUCCCACUGAUCACUGAGUUCUUCCUGAUGUUCCACAGAGACAAGCCCAUCGACUGGCUUUUAGACCACAUUCUGUGGGUUAAAGUCUGCAACCCUGAGAAAACAGCGAAGGACUGUGAUAAACAGAAGUCUUUGCUCAAGCAGAGGCACAAGCCCUCACUCUUUCAGCAUGUAGGCCUGCACUCUUCUCUCUCUGGGAAAUUACAGCACCUGAAGGAUAAGGACUUUGGGAAGGAGAGCCUCUACCAUCCCCACAGUAACCCUACUGCAGAGGUUAGCAGCAGCUUGAAGCACUACAAGCAGCACACCUUGGAAAGAGCCUACCGUGGCGAAGACUUCUUCUGGGGUCUUACGCCUAUACAGGGCGACUACGUCCUCUUUCACUUUACCUCACCCACCUAUGUGAAAGGGUACCUGUUUCGCAGUGGGAACAUGGAGACCAGUGGAGACAGGUUCUACAACACUACAGUGGAGGUGCUGCCCAGCGAUGCUUCGGUGCGAGAGAAUCUGAGCGCCGGUUCCUCUGCGCAGUACAAAGGAUCCAGCGAUGGCUUCCUCAUUGUCGGUGCCUUUGAGCAUGGGGUAGCCGAGGGAGAAGUUGAGGCAGCAGUGCAGCCGGUCUCGGCCCUGCGCCUGAUGGUGCAAUCAGACUCUGACGUAUGGGUCCUGCUGAGCGAGAUAUUCAUUAAAGUUUGACGACCAAAGAAAGACGCGGUGAAACCUGACACGAUGGUGUCAAGCUCAGCACUUUACCAGAAUGAGCACUACCCCUAAAAAAGGUGGAAUUACAGGGAUCAUCUUUUUCACAAGAUCUGCAAAAAACCUUCAUCAAUAUUUAUUGUGGGGUCACACACUUUCAGUUCUAUCAACUGAAAAGGUGCCUUGAAAAAGAAUGAACUUACCAAGAAAAUCCAUUUCCAGUAGUUUUUUUAGAUUGGGUGUGAGAACUUAGCCAGCCAAAUAUUUUACAUUUUCAAAUUUAGAAUGAGUGCGGCGCGGUGGCGCAGUGGUUAGCGCGGUCGCCUCACAGCAAGAAGGUCCUGGGUUCGAACCCUGGGGUUAUCCAACCUUGGGGGUCGUCCCGGGUCGUCCUCCGUGUGGAGUUUACAUGUUCUCCUUGUGUCUGUGUGGGUUUCCUCUGGGUGCUCCGGUUUCCUCCCACAGUCCAAAGACAUGUAGGUCAGGUGAAAUUGGCCAUACUAAAUUGUCCCUAGAUGUGAAUGUGUCAGCCCUGUGAUGGACUGGCGGCCUGUCCAAGGUGUCUCCCCGCCUGCCGCCCAAUGACUGCUAGGAUAGGCUCCAGCAUCCCGUGACCCCGACUGGAAUAAGCAGCUUGGGUAAUGGAUGGAUGGAUUUUAGAAGGAAAUUCUCUUUAAAUUGACUGAAUUGAAAGUGAAUUGACCCUGUUUUGGGCUCUUGAGUAAAGCACUGUUUUUUCAGGUCCACCAAAUGUUUAUAGACACUCCACUACCUAAAGAGAUAGUUUACCAGUAAAAGAGCAGGAGAUACAACAGAGGAGUUAAUUUAUUACUUUAUUACACAAUAUUUUUGUUUACAUAAAUAAAAAAUUAACACUAACACCUCGUUCACUGAGUAUUUCCUUUCAGUUACUCGGGAAUUGUUGUAGGUUUUGUAUUUGCUUGAACCAUUUGAAAUGUACAAAACAUGUUCGUCGUAAAACAAAUAAUACUGUUUGCCUAAAAAGUCGCUCACGUGGAAUGUACAGUUCAUCUUCCACCACAAUCUUUCUGCCUACAACACAUUGCGUGAGUCAUGUUUCACAUCAGUCUCGACACGCAACCAAAACUGCAGUGAACAACCAGUCUGGUCUUUGUUAAUUCUUGGAUUGUAAAACUGACGUUAACUACUCAUGUUCAGUAAACACAUUAUCGAGAGGACUAAUUAAAUUGAUAGUCUGGUCAGUUAAGGGCAAAUAUGGGGUCAAGGCUGCAAAAAGUCAUUCACAUUUGAGCCAAUGUUUUUCUGUUAAUUUAGGGUCCAAUAAAGAAAAAAAUGCAAGGAGCCCAAAAUUUUAGGUGGGGGAAGUCUCUGA